UCUUACAGCAUUCUACAGUACGUAGUUGUAGUGUUAUAUUGCGAUGUCUGGAAGAGGGAAGACCGGUGGUAAGGCUCGUGCUAAAGCUAAAACCCGCUCUUCACGGGCCGGUUUGCAGUUCCCCGUCGGUCGUGUUCACAGGCUUCUGAGAAAAGGCAACUAUGCCGAACGUGUGGGCGCUGGUGCACCCGUCUAUCUGGCUGCUGUGCUCGAAUAUCUGACUGCUGAAAUUCUUGAGUUGGCAGGUAAUGCAGCCCGUGAUAACAAGAAAACCAGAAUUAUUCCUCGUCAUCUUCAGUUGGCCGUGCGUAAUGACGAGGAGCUCAAUAAGUUGUUGGGUGGUGUGACUAUCGCUCAGGGUGGCGUGUUGCCCAACAUUCAGGCUGUGCUUUUACCCAAGAAGACUGAGAAACCCGUUAAGAGCAAGUAAGCCGCUCGGGCGAUUCUCUUCUACGUUCCAACGGCUCUUUUCAGAGCCAU